AUGAUGUUGACUGCUUUGAAAUUUCUUUUUCAGCCAUUCUUCCAUCUUGAGAAAUUGAGAAAACUUGGACUUAGUGAUAAUGAAAUUCAGAGGCUUCCACCUGAAAUAGCAAAUUUCAUGCAACUAGUAGAACUUGACAUAUCACGUAAUGAUAUUCCUGAAAUACCAGAAAGCAUCUCAUACUGCAGAUCACUACAGAUAGCAGAUUUUAGUGGCAACCCACUCACAAGGUUGCCAGAAAGCUUUCCUGAACUAAGCAAUCUUACACGCCUUUCUCUGAACGACAUCUCACUGGAGGCACUUCCUGAAAAUAUUGGAAAGCUUUCUAACUUGGUGUCACUGGAAUUGAGAGAAAAUUUGCUGAAGUAUUUACCUGAAUCCCUUGCUAAUCUACACAAACUUGAAGAACUUGAUUUAGGAAAUAAUGAACUUUACCACCUGCCAGAGUCUAUUGGAUCAUUGUUGAACCUGAAAGAUUUAUGGUUGGAUGGAAACCAGUUGACAGAGUUGCCAGGGGAAAUUGGAAACCUGAAGAACCUGCUGUGCUUAGAUGCGUCAGAAAAUGGUUUAGAAAGACUACCAGAUGAGAUCAGUGGACUAUGCUGCUUAACAGAUUUGUUAAUGUCUCGCAAUUUACUGGAGGUUCUACCUGACGGCAUUGGAAAGUUAAAGCAACUCUCCAUUCUGAAGGUGGAUCAGAACCGUCUCAUUCAACUAACAGAGUCUGUAGGGCUGUGUGAAAAUCUUACAGAGCUAGUGCUUACAGAGAACCAGCUGCUGACCUUGCCAAGAAGCAUUGGAAAACUAAAGAAACUGGUCUGUCUCAAUGCAGACAGAAACAAACUGACAUCUUUACCUAAAGAAUUGGGUGGAUGCUGUAAUAUUAAUGUUGUCAGUGUACGAGAUAAUCGAUUGACACGCCUUCCUUCAGAAAUUUCUCAAGCCACCGAGCUUCAUGUUCUGGAUGUAGCUGGAAAUAGGUUGACUCAUUUGCCUUUAUCACUGACACACCUACAGCUGAAGGCUCUGUGGUUGUCUGAAAACCAAUCUCAGCCAUUACUCACAUUUCAGACAGAUGCUGACCCAGAGACGGGAGAAAAGGUUUUAACCUGUGUUUUACUUCCACAGUUGUCAUCUGAGCCAGACAUUCAAGAUAACUUACCCCGCUGCGGAGCAUUUGAGAGCUUGGUCAAUGAUAUGUCAGAUGAAACAUGGAAUGAAAAAGCAAUGAACAGAGUGAGUGCGAUACGCUUCCUAGAAGAGCAAGAUGAGGAAGAAGAUAAAGAGGGAACAUUUCUGAGGCGAGGAACUCCACACCCUGGAGAGCUAAAGACAAUGAAAAAGACAGCUGAGACACUACGAAAUGAUAUAAGUGCUGCUAAGGGUUUGGACUCCAACAAAAAUGAGGUCAAUAAUGCCGCUGACAGACUUUCUACUUCAGUGUAGAAUUUUAUCUCACAACAGCUUUCCUCCUGUGUCUUCCAGCUGUUUAGCCCUGUUAUCUGGUUCUGGGACCUUAUCAGCCCUUGUAUUUGAUCUACAGCCUGACUAUUUCUUUCAAUCAGCUGUUUAAUAAUGGUGCUGUUUGUUGGAGGAAAAUGCCUUUCAUCAACCAGUCAUUGCACCGGUAAUUUGCUUACUGACUGUGAUUUUUAGUGUAUUGGUUUUAUUUGUACAUGUAGGUUGCACUACUGUAUAGAGACAGUCAUGGUUAUUUUUAUUUUUUUUUAACUUAGAAAAAUUAUUUUUGUUUUUAAUUAUGGGAGUCAUGUUACACUCCAGGUAAUAUUUUUGAGCCUACUGAUCUUGUACAGUUUUAUGUUCAGAGUGAUAAUUUUGUACUUUGGCAGCUCAAAUGGUGUAAAUUUUAAAACAUUUUGUACAGAUGUUUCUUAACCAAUGAUGUAUUUGAAUUUACUUUGUAAAGAGAAAUGGUACCUAUUUUCAUAUUUGUGGAAAUGUCUAGUUUCCUUAGGUUGUCUUAAAACAUUGGUCUUUAAAAUGUUGAGCCAACUAUACAUCAUUCCCUGGUGUUUUAGUCUCUGUGUAUAUUAAAUGCAAAAAAACUUCCAUUGUAAUUUCUCAGAACAAGUGUUAGAGGAGUAGUGGUCUGAUACUCUUAUUCUGAAUGGCAGCAUGAGAUAUGAGGAGACCCCAUACUCCCAUCCCUUGAAUCGCUCAUUGUAUUUUAUCACUGUAAAGGACCAUCUGUGGUUUCCCUGCUCUUAUGCUGUAUAGGUGUAUGAAUUGUUUUCUUGUGCUGGUUUUACUCUUCAGCUGUAAAAUAUGGAAUUGCAUCUUUGAAAACAGAUGCAAUCAAAACAACCGUGGCAGUUUACUGUUUUCCUUGUGUCUUAUGUUUGUUCACAUUCCACAUCUGUCAAACAGUAGUGUGAAAAUAACGUGAGUCUUGUAUAUAUCCGUGCAUAAAACCACCAGUACUGUCUACAUUUUUAAUAGCACUGGUUCAUUAGCUUAUUUUAGUACUAGUAACUUAUUGCUCUGUGGUAGAAUUGAAGUGAUGUCGGAUGUAUUUUGCUUCACUUCUUUUCACAGUCAUGAGGAGUUAGUGUUGAUGUCUUAAGCAUUUAACAGUUUUUUUCACAUUUAUUUCUUUUAAAAGGAACAGAGCUUCUCCAGAUUGACUUGCUAACAAAUGCUGCAUCCUGUGUAUAUUGAACAUUUAAAUAGUUUGAUAUUCUUUGUAGUGAACAAAAUUUUAAACUGUUUAUAUGAGGCUGCUUAACACCAAGGAAUGCCGCUAACUGUGCCUUAGACGUCCGACAGAAUUAGAAUGUAAUGGGUAUCUGUAUCAGUCCACAACCCUGUAAAGUUUAAACAUGCAAAAUUACUUUAAAUUAAGAUCCAGUGCAGACACAAAAAUACUUCAGUUUUCUGCUCAGUAGAUAGUGUAUUUUUCUUUGAAAACUUGUACACUGUUAAGCUCAUUUGAGAGACUAAGAAUUCGAGCAUGCAGGAUGUAUAAUUUUUAGAGUGUUCAUACACUUUUCCUACAGGACAGUAUAUUGGCAAUAGUCCCAAUUAUUUGGAUCAUUUUUUGAUCCAGCAUUUUGUCAUGUUUAUAACACUGUCCAUUGUCUAAUGUAGAGGAAAUAGGGGUAUAGCACUGGAUUGCUGUUAUCGUUCUACCAGCUUAAUAUGUGAUCUAGUUGUAGAUCAGGGGUACACUUACAGCUAUUUCAGAUGCACUCUAGCUACAAAAAAAGAGCAAGCAAAACAAGAGAAUCCAGAAGUGCAAACAAAACUCGGCAAUGAUGUAGUGAAACAGCUUUAGCCAACAGUUUAAAUGUAGCUGUCCGAAGAGUCCCCCACAUCAGAAAUCCUUAAUUCUUAACCUUGUAAACACUACUAGAUCUGAUGGGUCUGUAAUUAUAUUUCAAACCUUUAUUGGAUGCCACAAGUACAUGUAUGUUAGAUUGCAAAUGCAUAUAAAGAAAGCGCCACUGAUGUUUGUAGGAACAUUUUAUGAUGCACAAAAAUGUUUGAUAGCACUUUUUAUUUUUGGGUAAGAUAUAAUGGAGAGUGGGCUUCAGUUUGUUGGUUUGUUUAAUAUUGUAAUGUCAUAUGCAAAACAUUUUGUAACCCCCUCCCACUUUUAAAAACGUCACCAACGUAGGUGUUGGAGGCAUUAAUACUCACUUGUAUAAAAAAGAAUCCACUGCAUUUCCUUGACCCAUCUGACAUCACAUAAGCUGAGUCACAACUCAUAAGUAACAAAUAGUCACACAUUCUUGUAACACGUAGUCUGAUUUAUCACUCUACAAACACAUCACUCAACUAAAAAGCAUUUUUUGUAGAGAAAGAGAAACCCCUACACCUCAAAUGUGAAGAACUUAACCCCACGACACAUACAUACCCUUGCUGUGUUGUCAUCAUUCACAGUCAAUGAACCUCAUGCAAAGCGCAAUCACUGUCAAGCAGUGUAACACCUGUCUAUUUCUGUGAGGUAUACCAGCGUCAGACCACCAGAAAGGUGCUAAUGUGCAAGUAUUACAAUUUCACUCCAGUAUCAAAGGAGCAACAUUAAUAUAAGCUACUGCCACCUUGAGCUGUACCACUUAAAUAAAUAUAACUCAAGAUCUGGUGAUCCAAUCAGGUGUGACUAUUAGCCAUAUAAAAAGUGCAGAGUUAUCCUGUACUUUAAGUAUGGAUUUCCAUCAUCCUCUUUACUGCACCAGUCUGCUUCAUAUGGUAGAUUUUCCAGCUGAUUGUUGUUCCGGUAAGAACGCAACUAAUUUCUUGUGACUUUUAGAAAAGUAAUUUUAAAAUUACUUUUGUUUUUAUUGACUUAACGUUGACCAUGAAUGUCUUCACAUCUUUUAAAAAUGUCUUUCCUCGUAGGUGUUGCAUACAUUUAUACUCAGUAGAGAGGUGUAUUUCUUUCUAUGUAUAUUGGAGAGCUAUUAACUGUCUUGGUAUGCUGUUGGCAGACAGCCCCCUCUCAACUAUCCAUAUUUUCCUCUGUAUUUAUGUGGAUGGAAUUUUUCCAUUACCUGUAAAUUGGACUUUUUGAUGCCUUUUCCUGACACCCAAAAACAGGUGUUUCUUGUAACUGUAGGUCUUGUCAUCCAUAGUAAUGGUGGAUGCGCCCAUUCACUGUAUCAUGAGCUUCCCAUCAAUUUUUCUCUGUCCUAGCACCCCGAGGUCAAAUUGAUGACCCCAUCUGUACUUAGGAGAGAGUAGUUAUAUAGUGACUUCAUCAAACAGGUACAUCAUUUCACUGUUGUGGUUAGUGCAGAAAUACAAAAGUAUAAGGCAUUUAUUGCAACCCAGUUCUCUUUGCCAUUUAACUUGCUUGUAGCAUAUACCUCAUUUGUAAUGUAAAUUUAAUGUGGGUUUGUUGACUUUUUUUAUUUUGCUAACUAGUUUACACCAAAAAACUUAUUUUUAAGAUGUUCCUCACAAAUAUUGAAUAAAGUUUCAUGGUAGAAAAAAGCCAGUUUUAAGUAACAAACCUAGAAGUACAGUGCAUUGAUGCAAGUCUUCUCAGUCAUGAUAUGUUGUCGUGAAUAAACAGUAUUCUUUGGCUACAGUUGGGAAGUUUUUGUAGCUUUGUUUGUUCUCCACACCAAAUAUUUUUUUACUGCUGUAAAAUAAAAGUAGUUUAUUGUAGAAGUUUUAUUGUAAUGUGGACUUUGUGACCCUGUAAAGCAUUUUGUAGUGAAAACUGGUACUGUGCUUAAUUUCUUGUGUAUUAAGUAGCAUAUGGUUCUACAAUUACAGCAUUGCUAAGCUGCCUUGUUAGAGACACGGUUCCAUCUUUCAUACAUACAUCACAAGAUUUAUAUAUCAGUGGUUACAUAUACUAAUUGAGAGCAGAAUUGUGCUGUUACUGGAAAAUCACAGGUUUUGCUUUGUUAGAGAUUGCUGUUUCACUUCUGAUAUGAGAUCGCUGUGCUGCUCCUGUCUGAGUAGUAAACAACAGUAGUAGUUUCAAAAUGGCCAUUUUUAAUAUAAUUGCAUUUUGUAGUGCAAGGAAGAGAAAACAUCAUCAAACCACCCUGUUCUUUGGAACAGCCAUUUUUGGGACUGAACCAUCCUGCUUUGAGAAUGUGACUGCAGGAUUGGUCAGUGAACAAGUUUCUAUAUUCACAGUGCCCAUAUUUUCCUCUCUUUUGAGUUUGGAGUUCCCUGCCUCUACCUCCACCUUUAGUAAAUGUAGAUGGUGAACCUAGUCUGUAACAAGAAGUAGUAUCAUUUAUUUUGCACCUUUGGUAAUCGUUUACAGUUCAAGCAUAUAAAUAUAUUCUCCUUCUUUUGGAAAGGUUUCUUUGAUUCUUUUCUCAAACAGGUAAUGGAGCACAGAGCUCUAUUGAUAACGUAUUGGUUGAAUCCUUUCUUAGCACUUUUUAUGGUGGUUAGUGAAAUUAAUAAAGGCUGCAUAAGUGUUGAUAGCAAAACUGUACUAGUGGGGGAAAAAACUGUUGCAAGCAAAGAAAGGUCAUUUUACCACCUGUUUCCCCAUCUUAUAUUUCUGUAACGUCUGUUAGUGAUGUAGUCGCCAAAAGAAUGUCAGCUUAGCAAGCAGUAAACUUCUGUUUUAUUUUCACAGACCCCCCCCCCCCGCUUCACUCACACAUGCAGUGGACAUUAUUAUGAGAUUGUAUGUGCGUUGGGAUUUUGUGUAAUCUGACUUACAAACAGGACUGUUGUAGGUUUAGAAUUUCCAGAGCCAUAUGCUACAUAUAGUGUUUGAGCAUUUGUUUAUUUAGUUCAGCAGAUCAGUACAAGCACUCCCAUGGUGAAAAAAAUCUCAUCCAAUGGAAGAAUUUAAAAAAAUGUACUAAGAUGUGAGAAAAGUAGAAAUUCAUACACCCAGCCUUAUCACAGCAUCUUUCGUGUGUUGUUGACCAAGAGUGUAAGCACUUGAAUGUUGCAGCCAGCACAUCAGAGGUUCAUAUCCCAUUUCUGCUGUUAGCUUUCUGUAAACACUGAACAUGUGACCUGGCUUCCUUGUACUCCAUGCAGCAUAAUAGAAUAAACUGCAAGAUGGUCUUUUACAUGAGGAAUUUCCUUGAAUUUUUCCUUGUUUUAAAAAUCCAUUUAUGUAUUUUAAUACAGGACCAAAGAACAGAUGUUUGACAGAGGUAUGUAGAAGCUGUAUUAUUGAAGGUUUUCAAAAGCAAUCUUCCACUUAAUUAGUAGGGAAUUAUGGUUUCCACUUCUAGCAGUAAUAGAGACUAUAACUUUUCCAGUGAGGCGACCUAACAUCCAUUAAGGUGUUAACCUUUUAGUUUAGUGAAGCUUAAAGUAGCUGCUACCUGGGUGGAUGCUGCAUGGUGUGCAUUAACGUGUCUGAGACAGAGCUACAACGUAGUUCUGUUUUGAAUGUAAUAAGUAGCAUGCACGUGUGAGCAGCAGUUUGUUAUUAGAAACCUGUGACUAUAAAGUAUGACAUGAGAGAGCAAAGUCUAUGCACAUGGAUGAUGGGUUUCAUUCCCUAGCCACAUCAGAUAGGCUAGAUUACAUGGACAUUGCAAGAAGGCAGUAGGUUCCCAGAGUUUAAAUGAUUUGGAUGCUAUGUAUGUAGAGGCCGGGGUGGGUCCCCACACAAACUAACCUUUGGAAACACUUGUAUAUACCACUGUAUCAGUCUAAAUAUCUAGAUAAGCUUGCUGCACAAAUUUCCAUAAAGAUUGUGUAGAACUCUACAAGAAUUUUGUAAAUAGUACACUUUUAAUUAUAAAAGCAAGUUUCUAAAUUAAUCUAGAAGUUUGCACAUAUUGAAGGAGAGCAAGUGGCUGAAAUGAUGUGUAUGUAUAUAUUUCAGAAUGUUUUUAAAACUGUUAAUCAUUAUGUUCUUUAUAUUGUGUUUGCUUUAACAAAUAAAUUCUUAUACUGCCUUUGGAAA